AAAUCGACACAUUAAUGAUGGCAACAUUGAGGUUUGCUUCAAGAAAGUGAAAACUGGGGCCCAUCAAAGGCCAGAAAUAUACAUUACAAUUGCAUUGGAUUUCAUACUUUUACCCGCAUUUUCAUUAUAAAAUACAUCUAAAUGGCACUCAAUCCGCAAUACGAUGCUAUAGGAAAAGGUUUUGUACAGCAAUAUUACACUUUGUUUGACGAUCCGGCACAACGAGCAAACCUGGCUAAUAUGUACAAUGUUGAAUCAUCAUUUAUGACCUUUGAAGGUGUCCAACUUCAAGGUGCUGUUAAAAUAAUGGAAAAGUUGAAUGCUUUAACCUUUCAAAAAAUUGGUAGAAUAAUAACAUCUGUAGAUUCACAACCAAUGUUUGAUGGUGGUGUUUUAAUUAAUGUGCUCGGCAGAUUGCAGUGUGAUGAUGACCCACCCCACCCAUAUGUGCAAACAUUUGUCUUAAAGCCACUUGGGGACUCAUUCUUUGUUCAGCAUGAUUUAUUCCGUCUUGGCAUCCAUGACAUUGCUUAAUUACUUUAUUAAAUCAAUGCGAACAAACUCAUGCUGUAUUUGCUAACUAUAAAGGUAUAUAAGAUUAAUUACUGCAAUCAUCGCCUAUGAAAUUCAAAAAAUUGUAUAUUUCCCCUGAAUUUGGUGUGAUAUUGGCUUAGAUAACCUUAAAGAUAAUGUAGUCAAUGAAUGGCGUACUUUUUCAGUUAAAUGUAUACAUUUUGUAAUAAUAAACAAUUAAUUUUUUA